AUGUCCAAGCCUCGGCCAGGCGCCUUCCCUAGACCCGUGGGAGACACUGACAAGCUGGGCACAUUCGCUGGUGUCUUCGUGCCUGUCACCCUUAAUGUCUUGAGCAUUCUGAUGUUCUUGCGGUUUGGCUUCAUCCUAGGCCAGGCCGGAGUCGUAGGCAUGAUGGGUAUGCUUGUGGCCGGGUAUGCAAUCAACCUUCUCACCACCAUGUCCAUCUCGGCCAUAGCUACCAACGGAACUGUGCGUGGGGGAGGAGCCUACUACCUCAUAUCCAGGAGCCUUGGCCCGGAAUUCGGAGGAUCCAUUGGUAUCGUCUUCUAUCUCGGACUCGUCUUCAGCACCAGUCUGAACGCAGUUGGUCUGGUUGACUGCACCAUUGAGAACUUCGGCAGUCGUACCGGCUCCAUGUCUCAGUGGAUGCCUCAGAGCUAUUGGUGGCAGUUCCUCUGGGCUACAGUCGUGCUUCUCGUCUGUACACUGAUAUGUCUCGCUGGCAGCGGGCUCUUUGCACGCUGCAGCAACGGUCUGCUAGUCAUACUGCUAGUCGCCAUCAUCAGCAUACCGGUGCCAGCAGCGAUCAAAGACCCUUACCUGGAUGCAAAAAAUGGUAUCGUCUUCACUGGAUUCAAUCUGGAUACCUUGCACGAGAACAUGAUGCCUAACUUCACCAAGGGCGCUGCUGGAAGUGUCACCAAACAUCGCGAGAACUUCCGAGACUUGUUUGGGAUCCUCUUCCCCGCAACAGGGGGCAUCUUAGCUGGAGCCAGUAUGUCCGGCGACCUGAAGCAUCCCUCCAAGGCGAUCCCAAAGGGAACUUUGUAUGGACUCGGAUUGACAUUCGUGUUGUACGCUGUAGUGAUUAUCGCACUGGCGGCCUCCAUUGGAAGAGAAAGCUUCUACAACAACACCAACGUGAUCCAACUCACCAACGUAUCCGGUGUUGUCAUCUUACUCGGAGAAUAUGCAACGUCGUUGUUUUCGGUUCUGAUGGGUGUCAUCGGUUCAGCGAAACUACUUCAGGCACUUGCACGCGACCAUCUAGUGCCAGGAGUGUCCAUCUUCGGCCAAGGCACCAAGGCAUCAGAUGAGCCCAUCUAUGCUAUUCUUUUCACGUAUGUCCUUGCACAGCUCACGAUGUUCGCCGACAUCAAUCAGAUAGCUUCUUUCAUCACCAUGACCUACCUCAUGACUUUCCUCGUUACCAAUCUGGCCUGCUUUCUGCUCAAAGUUGGCUCCGCGCCGAACUUCCGGCCAUCAUUCCAUUUCUUCAACUGGCAGACCGCGGCAGUAGGUACGUUGGUUUGCGGAGCGACUAUGUUCUUCGUCGACAGCUUCUAUGCCUCUGGAUGCGUAGUUCUACUCCUGGCUGUCUUCAUACUCAUCCACUACACAACACCACCAAAGCCGUGGGGGGAUGUCAGCCAGGGAUUGAUUUACCAUCAGGUCCGAAAGUAUCUUCUUCGUCUCCGACAAGAGCACGUCAAAUUCUGGAGGCCACAGAUCCUGCUGAUGGUGAACGAUCCACGACGCCAAUACAAGCUAAUUCAGUUCUGUAACUCACUAAAAAAAGGUGGUCUAUUCAUACUAGGACAUGUUAUCGUAUCUCCAGACUUUGGUGCAGCUGUCCCUGAGGCGAGGCGACAGCAGUCGUUAUGGACCAAGUACAUUGACUUCUCAAAAAUCAAAGCUUUCGUCAAUGUUGCCAUCUCUCCAGCGGUAGAAUGGGGUGCCCGAAACCUUGUCCUUGGUGCAGGGUUGGGCGGCAUGCGACCGAACAUCGUCGUAAUGGGCUCCUACAACCUUACUGAACUUAGAGAGUCUCAACCUGGCCUUGGUAUCCCAUCCCCUCAGCCAUCACGACCAUCGAGCAAAUCCACAAAUCACUCGAUCUCUCGCAAGGCAAUACAAGCGACGGCGAGACGCAAGCAAUCAGAUAAGUUAAACGAAAUACUGCCAACCGAUACGAUAAGACCAGAAGGUUCGGUGGGUAUCCAAAGCUACGUCACGACCAUCGAAGACCUCGUGCUCAGAUUACAAAUGAACGUAGCCAUUGCGAAAGGCUUCAAAGAUUUGGAAUUACCACAUGCUCGACCUCCUGUAAUGAAGCGUGCACUGGGUCAAUGGGGACUUGCAGAUAUCGAAGUGGAUGAGCCGACUAAGACCUACAUCGACUUAUGGCCUAUUCAGAUGUCGGCUGAGGUGGCUACAGCUGGGGAGGACCCAAGCCGUAAAAACGUGCUGACCGCAAAUUUUGACACAUACACGCUCAUCCUCCAGCUUGGGUGUAUACUGCAUACUGUUCCAUCCUGGAAACGAGCAUACAAGCUUAGAAUCUGCGUCUUUGUCGAGUAUGAGACGGACGUUGAGGAGGAACGGGGACGAGUCACUACGCUGAUACGAAACUUGCGGAUAGAAGCCGAGGUCGUUGUAUUUUGGCUCGCAAGUGGCGACCUGAAGACGUACGAGGUAAUCGUCAACGGACAGGACGAAGGCGAGUUUGAACAAGCAGCCAAAGAUAUCGACUACUCACUGGAAGACGAGCGUUGGUGGCAAGAUAUCAAGAGAUUGCGCCAACCGAAUGCAAUGAGCGCAAGUCAAGAAUGGGCACAAGCCAUAAGUCUUCUGGAGGCUGUCAAUCAAUGGCCGAUUGCCUCUUUCCAACAUGGCAGACGCGAUAACAGACCGAGGCGGUUUUCUGCGUUGCAGAAGAUGCUUCGUAGAGCCAAGAGCAGUGGUUCUGUCGACGGCAAUAUCCCUGUUGGUCAGCUGCCCGCCAAUAUCCUGCCUGAGGACGACAGCGAUUCUGGAACUGCUCUCAGUGAUGGAGACGAAGCUGAUGACGAGGCUGCAAUUACGGAAAGCGAGGCGGGUGUGAGUGGCAGCAACUUUGACGAGUAUGAUCUGGAUGCCUCGGAAGACGAGAGCGAUUUCUCAGAUGUCCAGCGACCGCGAUCGCUUGGAAGGGCAAAGACUAUGCCAUCUCGCAUUGGCAUACCUUUCCUUUCGAAGAAGCUCGAUCUCAGGAAAGCGAUGUGGAAAGGUUCACCGAAAGACGGUUCACCAAAGAACAGCCGCCCUACAAGUGAAUCUGUCACACCUCUCAAACCACACCCUAAUGCUGCUGCAUCCGAUACCGCCAUCAUGCACUCCCCGCGCCGCAGCAAAAAAACCAAGAGCACUGGAAGCAGCACUUCCCAGCUUUCCACAUCCCAGAUCUCUUCCUCUUCCCGAGCACCUCCACCCCUCCCUCCAGGAUCAUUCACUUCCAAACCAGUACCACGAACCGCCGUCGCGCAACAAGAAGCAUCAGGUCCAUCGAUCAUGUUCGUCGACACGCCAGCAGCACUACAACGCCAAGACCCCCUCGCGACCGCCGCCCUUCCUCCGGAAAGCCCCACACCCUCUGCCUCCCACUUCACCUCCUCGCUCCAACACUCCCCCGCCCCAUACCCCUCACCCAACACCCAGCCCGCCGCCUCCCCAGCCUCGGGCUACCCGGCCCAGCAAUCCAUACCACUUUCCUUCAACGACCUGCCCUGCCGCGCCCAGCAUCUUAUUCUCAACGAGCUGAUACGCGGCCAGACCGAGGAUACGGCUGUCGUGUUCACAACGCUGCCCAGCCCCAUGGACGGCACGUGUAAGAGCGAGAGCGAGAGCGUCAAGUAUGUCUCUGAUUUGGAGGUUCUGACCGAAGGGUUGGGGCCCGUCUUGUUGGUUAGUGGGGGCAGUAUGACGGUGACUAUGAAUCUGUAG